AACUACGGCACUGAUGUGACCUCACAGUGUCCAUCUCCCAAUCUCUCUCCUCCUCAUCUCUCCCUAUCAUCCUCACAAGAAACCACUCUCUCUCUAGCCCCUAAACUCUCAUCUCUCUCUCUAAAACUCCAAACUUAUAGCAUACUACUCGCCACUCCACCUAGCCCCUGCCACUCUAUCGCCCAGCCAUACAGCUACUCGCUGUCACUGAGCCAGCGGCGCAACUGCGGAAAGCCGAGCGCGAGAACCCACGAAACCAACCAAGAACUCCACCUCCACCCCGUUAAGGCAGACUCUCUGCAGCACGCUUCACACUCCGUCGUCGUCCUCUCUGUAAUGUCACUCCCCUGAUGCUUCGCAGCUCAGUGGCCAUGACGACGACCUCCCGUGCUCUCGUCGCCUUCCUCCUCCUCGCCGUCGCCGUCGCUGACGACGGGUCGACGCUGCUGGAGAUCAAGAAGUCCUUCCGCAAUGUCGGCAAUGUACUGUACGAUUGGGCCGGCGACGACUACUGCUCGUGGCGCGGAGUCCUGUGCGACAACGUCACCUUCGCCGUCGCCGCGCUCAACCUCUCCGGGCUGUACCUUGAGGGCGAGAUCUCUCCAGCCGUUGGCAGCCUGAAGAGCCUCGUCUCGAUCGAUCUGAAGUCGAACGGGCUGUCUGGGCAGAUCCCUGAUGAGAUUGCCGAUUGUUCCUCGCUUAGAACGCUGGAUUUUUCCUUCAAUAGCUUGGAUGGGGACAUACCGUUUUCAAUAUCAAAGCUGAAGCAUCUUGAGAACUUGAUAUUGAAGAAUAACCAACUGAUUGGCACGAUCCCAUCAACACUGUCGCAGCUCCCAAAUUUGAAGUUUUUGGACUUGGCUCAAAACAAACUGACCGGGGAAAUACCAAGACUAAUCUAUUGGAAUGAGGUUCUUCAAUACCUGGGGCUGCGGGGCAAUCGUUUAGAAGGAAGUCUCUCUCCUGAUAUGUGCCAGUUGACUGGCCUUUGGUACUUUGACGUGAAGAACAAUAGCUUGACUGGGGUCAUACCAGAUACCAUUGGGAACUGUACAAGCUUUCAGGUCUUGGAUUUGUCUUACAAUCAAUUUACUGGACCAAUCCCGUUCAACAUUGGUUUCCUACAAGUGGCCACACUGUCCUUGCAAGGGAACAAGUUCACCGGUCCAAUUCCUUCAGUUAUUGGUCUUAUGCAGGCGCUUGCUGUUCUAGAUCUGAGUUACAACCAAUUAUCUGGUCCAAUACCAUCGAUACUAGGCAACUUGACAUACACUGAGAAGCUGUACAUGCAAGGCAAUAGGUUAGCAGGGCCAAUACCACCAGAGCUAGGAAAUAUGUCAACACUUCAUUACCUAGAACUAAAUGAUAAUCAACUUACUGGGUGCAUUCCUCCAGAGCUCGGAAAGCUUACCGGCUUAUUUGACUUGAACCUUGCAAAUAACAACCUUGAAGGACCAAUCCCUGACAACCUAAGUUCAUGUGUGAAUCUCAAUAGCUUCAAUGCUUAUGGCAACAAGUUAAAUGGGACCAUUCCUCGUUCGUUGCGUAAACUUGAAAGCAUGACAUAUUUAAAUCUUUCAUCAAAUUAUCUAGGUGGCCCUAUUCCUAUCGAGCUAUCGAGGAUCAACAAUUUGGACACCUUGGACUUAUCCUGUAACAUGAUUACUGGUCCAAUUCCAUCAGCCAUUGGCAGCUUAGAACACCUAUUGAGACUUAACUUGAGCAAGAAUGGCCUGGUUGGAUUCAUCCCUGCGGAGUUUGGUAAUUUGAUGAGUGUCAUGGAGAUUGAUUUGUCCAAUAAUCACCUUGGUGGCCUGAUUCCUCAAGAACUUGGAAUGUUGCAAAAUCUAAUGUUGCUAAAACUGGAAAAUAACAAUAUAACUGGAGAUGUCUCUUCACUGAUAAACUGCUUCAGCCUCAAUAACUUAAAUGUAUCAUACAAUAAUUUGGCUGGUGUUGUCCCUACUGACAACAACUUCUCACGGUUUUCACCUGACAGCUUCUUAGGUAACCCUGAACUCUGUGGAUAUUGGCUUGGUUCUUGUUCCACCAGCCACCAAGAGAAACCACCAAUCUCAAAGGCUGCAAUACUUGGCAUUGCUGUGGGUGGACUUGUUAUCCUCCUGAUGAUCUUAGUAGCAGUUUGUAGGCCACACCGUCCGCCUGUUUUCAAAGAUGUCUCUGUAAGCAAGCAAGAAAUGCAUGCUGUUGCAGUGAGCAAUGUUCCCCCCAAGCUGGUGAUCCUUCAUAUGAACAUGGCCCUUCUUGUGUACGAGGAUAUAAUGAGGAUGACUGAAAACUUGAGUGAGAAAUACAUCAUUGGGUACGGGGCAUCAAGUACAGUUUACAAAUGUGAUCUGAAGGAUUGCAAACCAGUGGCAAUAAAAAAGCUUUAUGCCCACUACCCACAGAGCCUGAAGGAAUUUGAGACUGAGCUUGAGACUGUUGGUAGCAUCAAACACCGGAAUCUGGUCAGCCUUCAAGGAUACUCUCUAUCACCCGUUGGGAACCUUCUCUUCUACGAUUACAUGGAAAAUGGCAGCCUCUGGGACGUUUUACAUGAAGGUCCAUCCAAGAAGAAAAAACUAGAUUGGGAGACUCGCCUUCGAAUUGCUCUGGGUUCAGCUCAAGGCCUUUCUUACCUUCACCAUGACUGCAGUCCACGGAUAAUUCACAGGGAUGUAAAAUCAAAGAAUAUACUCCUUGACAAAGAUUAUGAGGCCCAUCUUACCGACUUUGGCAUUGCUAAGAGCUUGUGUGUUUCAAAAACUCACACAUCGACCUAUGUCAUGGGCACUAUUGGCUAUAUUGACCCCGAGUAUGCGCGCACGUCCCGCCUCAAUGAGAAGUCUGAUACCUACAGCUAUGGCAUUGUUCUGCUGGAGCUGCUGACUGGCAAGAAGCCAGUGGAUAACGAGUGCAAUCUCCAUCACUUGAUCCUAUCGAAGACUGCGAACAAUGCAGUCAUGGAGACUGUCGACCCUGACAUCGCGGAUACAUGCAAAGAUCUUGGUGAAGUCAAGAAGAUAUUCCAACUCGCGCUUCUCUGCACUAAGAGGCAACCAUCUGAUCGACCGACAAUGCACGAGGUCGUGCGCGUUCUGGACUGCCUUGUAAAUCCUGACCCGCCACCAAAGCCAAUGCAACCACUGGCCUCGCCGCAGCCACCGGCCGUCCUGAGCUACAUCAACGAGUACGUCAGCUUGAGAGGCACCAGCGUGCUGUCCUGCGCCAAUUCAUCGAGCACGUCGGAUGCAGAACUGUUCCUGAAGUUCGGAGAGGCCAUUUCUCAGAACACGGAAUAGACAACGGCGGAGGCGGUCAUCUGGUGAUCUGAGAGCUCAGGUGGCAGGUGCAGCAGCUAGUGAAGUAGUUAACUGACAUUUUGUUGAAAUGUGCUGGGUUUACUCAGAAGGGACUCUGAAGGGUGUUAACUGUAAAAAGUCAUGUGCUCCUCUUCGUUCUUUACCAGUUCUCUUUUGUCUAACCUAGGAGGCUGUAUUGGUUCUCUCCUUAGUUCUGUGACUCUUGCCAUAUUGGAGUGAUGGGAACUGUACUGAUCAGGUGAUAUUCGUCUGCAUGAAACUACUAGCACCAAGUGGUGGCAUUCCUGUUUCUA